AUUCUGAUAUAUGAGUUGCUCUGUUUCCUUUCACCUCCAUUAAAUGCCUCGCCGCCCUUAAAACUACAAUUGUGUACACGAAUCAUUUUUUCGAUCAAUUAUUGUUCUGAAUCUAAUUUACUCAAUGAAUAGAUGGAGUGGCGCUUUCGAGAUGCAUUUGAUUUCACCCUCGAUAAUAUCUUGCGUCGUCCAGAUAUAAUGAGUGGGAAUAAAACCGAUUACGAACAGGAACUUAUCACUGAAAAUCCAGCGGAGCUAGGAAUCGUCACGGGACUUUUGACUACGGCUUGUAUAUCCAAUCUGAUGACCACAGUGAUAAAGGAAGAUCUCUUUGAAGCGCCUCUCCAAAUGGAGUACAUCAGAUUUAAAGCCAUGUUUCAUUUAAUUUUGAAUUUGUUGUCUUUUUUCAUAAUAUUGCCAAUGGUUUUUCUGUGCCUCACAAUCCUGUACGUCUACAGAUGCAUGAUCAAUUUGGUGCUAAGAAUUCAGCUAGGAGAUAAAUUUCGAGGACUUUUAGACGGUACCGAUUGCGUUUGGGCACUCGAAAGUUCAGCUUGUAAAUCUAUCAUUAACAUCUCAGCCACUCUAGAAUCUAAGGUGUAUACGAACGAUCUUGAUUUGAUGGUAAAAUUGAGAAGGUUGAGCGAACAGAGACUUCUCACUUCUGGAGAAAGUGAGCUUGAUAAAUUAUCGUGCCUGCGUAAAAAGAAAUAUGGUUACUUUUACUGGGAGAAAUGUAACACUGUUGAUAUUGUGGAACAUGUCAAAUGGUUGGACACGAUCAUUGAUGAUGAUCUGACUGAAGGGAAGUGUGACAAUGACCGAAUGGACAGGAUAUUGUCAAAAUUGUGUACUUUGCCCCUACCGCAGGGGGAUCAGGGAUCUUGGGAGAUUUUGCUUGGCAGAAAUGUUGAUACGAACGCAGAGUUCGAUCGAUUGAAAAACAUGGAAGAGGGAUUAAUUUUUCAUGGGAAAAUCGAUGAUCGAGGACAUGUAGCCAGGAUACCGAUCAUUUUCAGGGUUCAUCAUGCUCUUGGGGAUGGAUUCGCACUUUUCAGGCUCCUUUUGUCGAAGAUUGCCGAUUCUAAGACUGUCCAGAUCACUUUCGAAAAUAAACUGAGGAAAGCGAAACCUGAAAAAUCGGUUCCAAAUAACAAAGAUGAAAUGAACGACCUCAAAAAUGUUCUGUUUCCUGAUUUCAGCAACGAGUUCAUGUUGCGAAAUAAUGAAUACCUUCUCGGAGCUUCGAUGCCCUUCAGUUUGACAAUUUGUUCUCAGUUGAAAAAAAAUCUGAAGAGUAAUUUACUGACGAAUCUAGGAAAGUUCUUUUCAUUCAACGAAAUCGAAGCUCUCUUCAGCAUUGCUUUGUCCAAAGUCAAGAAUUCUACCACACAUUUUGUGGAGAUUGUAUCGUCUAAUUUCUGCAAAAUCUCCACGGUUGUCGUGGUUCUCGUGAAGAUGCCGUCUUGUAUUGUGCAUCAGGCACUUCGCAGCAUGGAUAACAGUGCACUGCAUGUUCCAAAAUUAUCUGGAGAAAAAAUCAUCUCUUCUUGGAUUGAGAGCGAGUCCAGUAAGGAUAUAAACGGUACAAGCCUUCUGACCAAAAUCCAACAAAUAAAAAAUGCAACCGGUACCAGAUUCGGUGAUGUCAUUCUGGCUGCAUUAUCGUCCAGUCUGUACAAGUAUUUCGAACAGGUCGGCGAAUCAGCUCCAAAAUCCUUGACGGUGGUGCUUCCAUCCCGAAUGUCGGUUCCGACGAACAGUUUGAUUUUGGAGAAUGGGUUUUCCGUCGGAUUGCUGCCUCUCUGUAUUUCUGGGAGUACAGAAGACGAGGCAAAGAACAUCGUGAGUAAAAAAAGAAACCUCACGAUAUUGGAGCGUCUCUUUGACGUUGCGAAGUCUUCGUACAAGCUGAGAGGUGAACCGGAUUACUUGAUCAAUUUCUGGGUGAUGAAAUGGGUCUCAGCGAUAUUGCCCGAACUACUUUUACGACCGAUACUUGAAAGCCACAGUACUAUUGUGUUCAGCAACAUUCCGGGGCCCAGAGAAAUUCAAAUUCUCGGGCAGCGCGUCGGAAGUAUCGUAUUUUGGGUCCCACAUAGGGGUACAACCGGAAUCGGUGUUUCUGCGUUGAGUUAUGGUGGGAAUAUGAACUUUGGAAUUAUGGCUGACAAAGCGAUAAUCAAGGAUGAUAAACUUUUGAGGGUCAUUUUAGAAAACAUCGUUGAGGAGAUCGAUAACUUACAUGAAACAAUUUUUAUGUCACAUUUUACCAAAUCUUUGCACAAUUUGAGCACAGCUUCCAUGGUACAUUGAAUCGGCGAGCUGUACAAUAUCGCUAUAGCCACGAUAAUAAUUUCAGUGCUUUUCCAAACGCAUCACCGAGGUCCGUAUGCAACAUUGUUAAAAGUUAAUUGUUAAAAGUAACGAGGAUUAAAACAAUCUCUACCGGUCGCACCAAAAUGAUCUCGAAAUAAUUACGAGGCUAUUGUCACGAUUUGUAACAUUCGUACAAUGUUUUCUACGUAUCUAUUCACAUCACAUUUUGUACGCCGUUUGAUACAUUGAAAAAACUAAUUGAAAUCUAUUUUUCUCAGUCCUAGUAUUGUGAAGAUGUUGAGACGAAUAAAAAAUCGAUUCAGAUUCCUUUUUACAUGAAGCGUGGAACUUCAAUCAUAUUAGAGUCCAUAGUGUAGUAUUGAUUUACAUAUCAACUUCAAGUGGGAAUAUGAAUUUCAUGUACAACAAUGUCAAACCAUUGUGCGUAUUAUUCUAUAAUUAAUUGGAGGCGAUUGUAGAUCACGACAUGUUUAUGAUAAAUAUGAUAAAUAUAAACGGAAACGAAUGUA